AGUCAUAACAAAUAAUUAUAAAUUAAAUAGCAGACGGAAUUUAAAGUUAAAAGGAUGGUUCUUUGUAGGUUUUUUCUCCAAGGUAGCUGCAGAUUCGGGACUAAAUGCAAUAAUGAACAUUUGGACAUCAAACAACUUGUUAAAACCGAUUUAGAAGCUGCAAUUAAUGGGAAGCAAUGGCCAAUAUCAUGUUUUGGACCCUUUAAAGAUAAACCAUGUAUACCAAGUUUCAUAGAAGAUCAAUCCUUCGAAGAGAUUCGUUGGCUAUGUUAUGAAGCAAAACAAAAGAACUGUGUGGACCAAUAUGUCCAGCAUUUCUCCAAGGAAGCGAUGGAAGCAAAUAAUAAAAUGAAAACUAUGUUGCAAUUAUCUCCAGCUGUUAUAGAUGUUAUUUGCCGUCUUUACGAUGCACCUGCUGAAGGUAAUGCUAACACAGGAUUAACAAAAAGUAAUGUUAAUAACCCUUUCGGACUUGGAGGUAAUAUUGUCAACGAUACCACCUCAAUAUUUAACAAGCCUUUAAGUGGAAAUAGUAAUUUUGGUGGAGCUUUUGGCAAUAAUACUACUACUACAGUCGGACAAACUUCUACGCAGGGUGGAAGUAUUUUUGGUGGAGGUGGUUUAGCCUUCAGUUCGCAAAACCAGCAAUCUUCGAUUUUUUCGCAACAGUUACAAAAACCUGCUUCUGUGUUUGGAGGUGGGGGCACACAAGGAAGUUUAUUCGGGCAAACUCAAACAAAUACCGGAAUUAUUGGCGGACUUUUCGGACAAACACCACAACCGACUGGUAAUGUGUUUGCUCAAACAGCGUCACAACAGCAACAAACACAACCUACAACCAAUAUUGGAUUAUUUGGGCAACAUGCACAACAACCACAAUCAGGAUCUCUCUUUGGACAACAAAAUCCAACUCAAACAGCAACAGGUGGAAAUUUGUUUAAUCAAAGUAUUCAGCAGCAGCAGCAGCAACAACACAAUGGCACAAAUGUAUUUGCGCAAGCAAUACAAUCACAGCAAACACAAUCAGCAUCCGGAUUCCCAAUGUAUCAGACUAAUAAGCCUCCAACAUCUUCCGUUUUUGGACAACAAAAUGUUUUUGCGCAACAGAGCUCAGGAGGAAUGUUUGGUCAACUAUCUGCAAAUACACCUGGGAAUAAUCCUAAUAAUUUGUUUACACAACCAGUCACUACAACAGAUACAAAUGGUAUGUUUAAAAACCCACAAAACAUAUUCGCCCAAGCUGUACAACAACAACAACAACCUCCUCCAAAUAUGUUUUCGCAAACAAACCAAACCUCAACGACAGUGCAACCACCACCAGGGUUUUUCCAACAAAAUAUUCAAUCGCAGCAAAUAACAAAUCAGAAUGCAGCCUUUGCACAGCCGAUGGGAGUAAAUAACUCUUCGUUGCCUCUCUUACAAUCGCCAGUGGUUAGUAGCUCUGUCUACAGCAAAUUGGAGGAUCUUACAUCAGAAGACAUUGAAGCAUUCAAAGCUGACACUUUUACGCCGGGUCGAAUUCCAAAUGUUCCACCUCCUAGAGAGUUGAUCAAUUAAGCAAUUAUACACAAGUAACAAUGACCAGGAAACGAAUAAUAUCAAAAAUAACAAACGUGUACGAAACAAUGCCAAUAGUGCCAAUGCAUAAAGGAUUUCGAAAGUCUAUGUGAUAAUGAAUUCAUUCGAUUUAUAUAGGACAAGAACGACUACACGAAAAAUUUAAUGGAACAGUUUUCCACAUUUUUGUUAACGACUACAGUUACACAGCAUGUAAUGUAAAAAUAAAUUAUUGCCUUGAUCUUCAUGUGACCAACAAUAUACGAAAUUAACUAAAUGUAACUCUCUGAAUAUGUAUACUUUACCAAAAUUA